AUGCGAGAUGAGAUAGAUGAUUCCCUUUACAGUCGCCAAAGAUGUGUCCUAGGUGAUAAUGCUAUGCAGAAAAUGUCAAAAUCCAGAGUAUUUUUGCAUGGACUUGGAGGUGUUGGUAUAGAAAUAGCCAAAAAUUUAAUACUUGCUGGAAUUGGCGAAAUUGUAAUCCAGGACCACUCCUUUUGCACUCAGGAGGACUUAGGAACUCAAUUUUACGUUCAAGAGUCAGAUGUAGUUGCUGCAAAAACUAGGGCCCAAGCAAGCCUCGGUCAACUAUCUGCUUUGAAUCCAUAUGUUCAAAUUACUGUGGCGUCAAAUGAUGUAACACAAAUUCGUUGCCCACUAGCUGAUCCAGAAAACAAAAACAUCCUCAAAUCACUAGUGGACGAAGAAUCAUCCAGUAGAGUUGAUUGUUUAAUACUCACCCAAUGUUCAAUUCAACAGGCUACAUUGUUAAAUUUAUUCUGUAGAAUCCAUCAUAUUAAGUUUAUAUAUACAGACGUAUAUGGAGUAUUUGGAAACCUCUUUUGUGAUUUUGGUUCGAAGUUCACUGUUUCAAUACCAGACGAUGAACCACCUAAAGAGCUUUUUAUUGGACACAUUGAAAAAUUAAAAAGUGGGGAACUGUUGGUCAAAAUGUUAAAUGAUCGCCGACAUCAUUUAGAGGACGGUGAUAUUAUUCGGUUUACUGAACUUGAAAAACUACCGGAGCUAAACGGCAAGGAAUUUUCUGUAAAAGUGAAAUCACCUACAGAAUUAAUCAUUACAAGUGGCAUACAAUGUGACCAGUUUCCUUACUCGUUGGGUGGUAUUGCAAUCCAAGUGAAAAAACCACAGGAACACACUUUUAGAACUAUGAUAGAAGAAAUUAAAUAUCCAAAGCUCACCUGUGUGGAUUGGAGUGAUCCAGAAGAAAGUAAAUUACUCCACCUCAUCUACAUAACAUUAACGAAGUUUAAAUUAGAAGCUGGUCGUUAUCCUAAACCUUGGGAUAACGAUGACUGGAAAAUAUUUCGUAAUCAAAUGUACACCUUGCAGAAAUUGCAUUUGAUGAAUGAUGUUAAAAUUGAUGAGUCUUUAGCUAAACGUUUAUCUUCUGCUAGUCAGGGACAGUUAGCUCCAUUGUGUGCCGUUUUUGGCGGUAUAGCUGCACAAGAAGCACUGAAGGCUGUAACAUCAACAUUUACACCGUUUAAUCAAUGGUUAUACCUUCAGUGUGCCUCUAUCGUACCAAUGGAAAUAGAUACCAAGUCUGUCGAUUUUCAAAGUUUGAUUUCAAGUCGUUAUGCUGCUUUAGUGAAAUGCAUUGGUACUUCACAUCUGCAAAGAAUUCGUAAUUUGAGCAUUUUUAUGGUUGGCUGUGGUGCAAUUGGCUGUGAGUUAUUAAAGAAUUUAGCCUUAUUAGGCGUAGCAAGUGCCCAUCCGGAUGAUGCCUAUUCAUUGUCAGACACUGAUCGUCAUCUUCAACAGCAAAACCAGUGUCAGUCAAGGAAACGAGCAAUAUCUGAAAAAAAAUGUCUUGCUUCAUUAGAUCCUGAAAAGAAUGAUAAUAAUAAUAAUCAUGGAAGCGAUGUGGUUAUAUCAGAAUCGGUGGAAGACCAAUGUCUACAUAGUAAUGAUAAUUGCAGUGAUACACCAAAAAGAGUAAAGGAUAAUUUGUCUAAUUGUACAACUAUUUCUGCACCCAUAAAACCAGUGGACACUGCAAUAAAAAGUGAAGCUGAGGAACAGAAUACCAAUGAUUAUCUUGCUGAAGGCGAAGAAAACUCACUUCACCCUAGUACUACUACUAUUACUACUAGUAGUGGUAAUAGUAGUUUUACUUCACUGGCAGAUGAAGUUGUAAAAACCAAUUCUAUUCCAAAUUGUGGCAGUACUAUUAACAAUCAUCCGAAUAUUAUUGUCACUGAUCCAGAUCAUAUUGAAAAGUCGAAUUUGAAUCGACAAUUUUUCUUCCAUUCAUGUCAUAUUGGCUUAUCGAAGAGUCAAGUUGCAUGUGAUGCUGUCAGACGGAUUAAUUCGCAUAUAUCAAUUCAUGCUAUGUGUCAUAAGUUUUGGCCAGAUACAGAAAAAUCAAUUUUCACUGAUGAAUUCUUAGUAAAAGCAAUUAACAAGUCUACUUUAUCAACUGUUCAACCCAGUGGUGUUGUUUUAGCCGCUUUAGACUGUAUAGCUACACGUCGUUAUUUAGAUUCACGAUGUGUAACCCUACACUUACCAUUAUUUGAAUCUGGAACAUUAGGCACUAAAGGUCAUGUACAAGUGAUUCUACCAAAUUUAACUGAAUCAUAUAAUAGUCAAAGAGAUGAUCAUAAUGAUGUAAAUAGUGGUAGUAAUGGAAGUACAGAGAGUCAAUCGAAUUCAAUACCAUAUUGUACAUUGAAAUCAUUUCCUACACAACCUGUUCAUUGUAUUGAAUGGGCACGUGAAAAAUUUGAAAGCCAAUUCACGUUGAAACCGUUGAAAUUGAAAGGAUUUCUACAAGCCUGGAAUACUGAUCAGCAGGAAAAUCAAACAUGUCAUCCAAUUAUAUCAGACUUGACAUUUUUAAUGGAUAUAUGCAAGGAAAGUGUAAGUAGUGCUACUGCUAACAAUAACAAUGAAAUUGUUACAAGCAGACUUUAUGCAAAUGAUAAAGUAUCAAUGAACAAAUGGAUUGAAAGAAUAAAUCUAAUCCAAGAUCAACUCAGUCCAAAUGUUGGACGCUUUUUAUGCUCUCGUCCGUCUACCUGGCAUCGGUGUUUAUGCAUAGCUAGAGAUAAAUUUGAAUACUACUUUAAUCACAAGGCGCGUCAAUUGUUACAUUCCUUCCCAAUCGAUACAAAGUUAUCAGAUGGAACACCUUUUUGGCAAUUCCCUAAACGACCACCGAAACCUGUAGAAUUUUCACCAGCAGAUCCUCUACAUCAAACAUUUAUCAUCAGUUAUGCACGUCUAUUGGCCGAUCAGUUGUCUAUUGAAGUGCCACGAUCAAUAUUCCCCUUCUUCUCCACGUCUUCUACUUCGUCAACCUCUUCAUGUUCACAGAAUGAAUCCUUUACAAUGACCAGCUAUCUUGAAGAACAACUAGCCAGUCAUGCUCCACCAGUAUUCACUCCAUCACAGAAACACAUUGUCAUCGAUGAAAAUGAAACAAAACCUUCAACAACCACGACCACAGCAACAUCUGCUGUCAAUAAUUCUAUAAUGUCAACAAGAAAAAUUGUCUUCAAUAAUCCUUGUUUCACUGAUUCAGAGAUGAAACCAGAAAUUUAUUUGAAUGAAAUGUUCCUGAGGAUGUGUUCAGAUCUUCUAGAGGCUUUAAGUCAAUCAGAUAAAUGUAAAGCUGUUUUAAACUGCCGAUCAAUAAAUUUUGAAAAAGAUGAUGACAAUUUGGCACAUGUUGAUUUCAUUACAUCAGCUGCAAAUCUACGUGCAGUGAUGUACAGUCUACAGACAACACCUCGGCAUACUGUUAAACGUAUCGCUGGUCGCAUUGUACCAGCGAUUGCAACGACAACAGCCACUGUUUCAGGAUUAGUGUGCUUAGAAUUAUUAAAGUAUAUAUUAAACACUAAUACUACUAUUAAUAAUAAUAAUAUACCGAGUGAUUCGUCUACCCAGUGUGACACAAUGCCGAUCACCACCUCCUCCAACAUCAGAACCACUGCUGAAACAACAACAACAACGACUAAGACACUUUUAUCAAUGACAUCAGAUGACUGUGAAAAAUACCUUAAUCAGUUACAGGCUAGAAAUAGCUUUCUUAAUUUAGCCUUACCAGUUCUCAUUUUCAGUCAACCAGGAGUAUGUCGGUAUACGCGUUUACCGAAUGGAAAAAGUUUCAGUCUAUGGGAUCAUUGGUGUAUUGAUCCAUGGAAGUCGGUGGAUAACUAUUUGUUAAGUGAUUUUAUUGAGCAAAUUAAGUGUGAAUACAAUCUUGUGGUCAGUCUGAUCACUCAAGGCAACAGAAUGAUCUAUAUGAAUGGCUUUCCAAUGCAUAAAUCACGUUUAAAUAAAGUAUUUACAAACCUGUUGAACUAUUCUACAAUGGAUAAACAUGUCGAUUUGAUGGUUGCUUAUGAGGCCAAUAACUCGCAUGGUGAUAAUAGCAGCAACUGUGAUAAUAAUGAUUAUAUUCAAGGUCCAACAAUACGUUUUAGAUUACGUGAUCAACUGUGA